AUGAACCUCCUCCUGCUCCUUCUCAUCCCCGCGACAGUUACCCUCUCCACCGCCAGCACCUUCCCCCCAACUCCCACCUCCACCCCAAACACCACGCCCAUCCCCCGCCCCCUCCGCUACGAAAUCGGCUGCAAGGACACCAUCCUCGACAUCCCCUCCAUGAUAGUCGCCGCCCGCUCCCUAAUAGGCUACUGCCGCGGCAUCGUGACCCCCUGGACCAAAAUGUCGUGGGUCUACAACAACACCCGCGCUUACAUCUGUGAUUCAGACCAGCGGCGCCCCCAGGGCUGCCUCUGGGACCAAGUCUAUGACGCCUGGGUCGACAUCGGAGUAAAUUGUGGAUUCGGCAGGGCAGGCUUCACCUACGAGCAGCAGUACGAGAAGACGUGGGGGUUCGAUGACGUGAAUGCAAAGUGGUGUGGGACGAUUGAUCCGUACUAA